AUGCUAACGACGAGUAUUGCCUACGCUGGGCAGCAAGAGCUUGAAAGUGGUGCUAGUAUUCAAGCGGAAACUGGGGAUGCUGCUUUACGGCUAGCUUGUAAAACUGGACAAGUUGCAUUGAUUAAACUUUUAUAUGAAAAAAAUGCAAAUUUUGCGACUUCCCUAACUGACUGCGUUAUACUGGCGGCAGAAAACGGGCACUUACCUACCUUAAAAGAACUUUUGGGGCAUAUCCGGUCCGACUCUCCCCUGCAGACCAAUUUACCUUUGUAUUUAGCCUGUAAGUUCUCGGUAACUCCUACCGCCCAGGAAAGUUACUGCCUUCGCAAGAGUAGUGAGAAUGGACAUUUAGAUUGUGUAAAACUCCUUUUGGAAGAUGGCCGGUUUCGCUUCCUUUUUAAAAUUUUGCGAGUUUUUUAUAGCGUAAUCUUCAGUGUGGACGUUAAUGCGCGCCACGGAGAAGCCCUUCGCCUUUCCGCCAAAAACGGGCACACGGAAGUUGUUAAAAUUCUACUGGAGGUACUGCAGGCCACCUUUUGGCUAUCACAGUUCGGCACUAUAGACUCCCCUGUUAACCAAAAGCACGGUGCCAACCACGCGGUCUUGGAGAACUGCCCCCUGCGCCUUGCUUGCCAGAAUGGCCACAUGGAAUGUGCUAAGCUUUUGCUUCAGGCAGGCUCCAAUCCCGGCAGCGCUAGCAAUUACGCCAUUAUAAGAGCCUCCGAAAAUGGGCACGCUGGGAUCGCACAAAUCCACAUCUUCCCACUCAGUCAUGUUUAUACAAUCUGCAAAGAACCGUUAAUCCUUCUGAUUGCAACAACGCUGCAAUUAUUCUUGCCGCUCAAAAUGGCCGGGUUGAGGUUGUGGAAGCACUUGUAA